GCCUCUCAACUUUGAAGAAGUGUUAAGGAUGUUGGAUGACAGGUCCUUCUCCACAUACAGUAAGCAGAACCUUUUCGAGGAACCCCAAAUGAGUUCCUCCAUGGUGAAGGAAAGCGGAAACUCACAGGUGACAUCGCGUCUCCAGUGGGGCCCGCUACUCAUAUAUUACCAUCAUGCAGAUGCAGGGCGCGUCGUCCGAUGGCACGCUGGCAAUUUCAUGAGUUUGGGCCAUAACCCUAACAACGGAAUCGAUCUCCUCCCAAAACUGUGAUGUUUCUUUAGAUAUCGAGUAUUUCAAAGGCGUAUCUCACGCAGCGGUUUUUACGACUCAAAAAAGCCAAACCAAACCAACACGAGACUGUUUCUUAUAUUCACGGGGAUAGUGAAGUGAAACAAAGUGAAAUGACCAGACUGUGCUUCUUCCCCCCAGUGAGAGAGGUGUGGAGCGAAGGGACUGACUGGGUGCCCGUGGACAUGAGCAGCAGUUCAACAGAGAAAAUGGAGAGUAAAAAGAGAAAAAAACAUGGCUCGGCUCCACCAUGACUUUAGAGCACAUGAAGAAAGAAGACGGAAAACACGUGGCGAGCGAAACGACUCGGGCUUAAUGUCUGAACGCGUGCGAUCUCCUCUCGGCAAAGAUGCAACCGGCCAUCGAACCGCGUCUUCUUUAACCCAUACGCGCAGGUAACGGCCUCUUCCUUCUCCGUAUCCUUCCCUUGAUGUUCUUCCCUUUUCUCCUUCUCCCGGUCACCCUUUACCUUCCUCUCUUCCUCCUCUUUUCCUUCUCUAAUGGACGCAUUCAGAGUACCAGCCCGACUCCAGCAUCCUCACCUCCUCGGGGUUGUCUUUUAUUUUUUUUUUUUUUUGUUCCACACUGAGCACUGGAGGAUGCUCCGCAUCCUCGCGAAGGACUCCCUAGGCUGGACCAAUUGCUUUGCGGCUCCGCGGCAACGGACGGGCGAGAGGGGAAGGCGCGCGCCAAUCGCGUGCGGAGGGCACGAGGAGCCGUCGCACCGACGCGUACGCGCCCGCGUGCAUGUGCGGACGGCGCGCGCGGAGAGGUGCAGCGCCACUGUGAUUCGGUGGUGUGUGGUGUGGUGUGAGUGGUGUGUGUGCGUGCGCGUGUAUAUAUAUAUAAAUAUAUAUAUAUAUAUUUACGGGAGGAGAGGAGCGGUCCCCUUUAAAGACAGAACGCCGCCGCCUCGUGCCUCGGCGAUGCCGCGCGCUGCCUUUCGGAGUCAGUGAAGAGAGAGGCACAGAGCGGCUCUUCUCCGCAUCUCCCCUUCUUUUGCUUCUUCUACUUCCUCGUUUGCGGAGAGGGACUCGUUUCUAUGCGUUUAUUUCAUUUAGUAAUUAUUACAUUUAGCUAUUUAUUAUUUAUUUGAUUUGUCUUGUUUUCGCGAGGAGGGAUUCUUCCGUGACACGAGCUGAGACAACGUGACACUGUGACACAUACAGUCUGAGACGCUGCUUCUCGGCGCUUCUCCCGCACGGCUCCGCACACAGGGGACGUCAGCGUUUCUCUGCACGGACGACGGCAACUCCACACUAUCAUGGCAGUCAGACUGUGCGAUGUGGCUUCUCUGCUUAGAAGUGGUUCGUGGGCAGCAGAGCCGUGGACUGGGCAGGUCAUAGCUGCCAUGGAAACACAGCUAUCGAACGGACCCGCGUGUAACAGCACGACCAACGGUCCCGCUGCAAUGUCCAACAACUGCUCCUCGCCCGUGGAGUCGGGAAGCAUAGAGGACAGUAAAACGAACCUGAUAGUGAACUACCUGCCCCAGAACAUGACCCAGGAGGAGCUCAAGAGCUUGUUCGGGAGCAUCGGUGAAAUCGAGUCCUGUAAGCUGGUGCGAGACAAAAUCACAGGACAGAGUCUAGGCUACGGAUUUGUCAACUACGUGGAUCCAAAAGAUGCAGAGAAAGCCAUCAAUACACUCAAUGGCCUGAGGUUGCAGACCAAGACCAUAAAGGUUUCCUACGCCCGGCCCAGUUCGGCUUCGAUCAGGGACGCCAACCUGUAUGUGAGCGGGCUGCCGAAAACAAUGACUCAGAAGGAGCUGGAGCAGCUCUUCUCGCAGUACGGCCGCAUCAUCACUUCACGCAUCCUGGUGGACCAGGUCACCGGUGUCUCCAGAGGAGUCGGGUUCAUCCGGUUCGACAGGAGAGUGGAGGCCGAGGAGGCCAUCAAGGGCCUGAACGGUCAGAAACCCCCCGGCGCCACGGAGCCCAUCACGGUGAAAUUCGCCAACAAUCCGAGCCAGAAGACGAGUCAGGCGCUACUCUCGCAGCUGUACCAGUCGCCUAGCCGGCGGUACCCCGGGCCCUUGGCGCAGCAGGCCCAGCGCUUCAGGUUGGACAAUCUCCUCAACAUGGCCUAUGGGGUGAAGAGGUUCUCCCCUGUGACCAUUGAUGGCGUCACCAGUCUUGCGGGCAUCAACUUGCCUGGGCACGCAGGCACCGGCUGGUGUAUCUUUGUCUACAACCUGGCGCCAGACGCGGAUGAGAGCAUUCUGUGGCAGAUGUUUGGGCCGUUCGGUGCCGUGACGAACGUCAAGGUGAUCCGCGACUUCACCACCAACAAGUGCAAAGGCUUUGGCUUUGUCACCAUGACCAACUACGACGAGGCGGCCAUGGCCAUCGCGAGCCUCAAUGGCUACCGCCUCGGGGACAGGGUUCUGCAGGUGUCCUUCAAAACCAACAAAACGCACAAAGCCUGAAGAAUCUCAUUGCUUCUGGGAAACUGUACGAGAAAGCUGGAAGGGGAAGAAAAAAAUGGAACGUUGACGUAAAACUUUGUACGUUAGUAAAUCUUUGUAAAUUGGCGUUACAAAGGGAAGAAGCUAUAUUUAGUGUCCAAUGAGGUUUUUUCUUAAUUUAUUGGUAGUAUUUGAAAUGUCUUAGAUUAUAAUGUUUGGAGAAAACUGGGUUUUUCUACCUGUGAGGGUUGCGUUCUAAAGCAGUCUUUAAAGGAGGACCUUUUAAAGAGUUCCCGGUAAGGUUUUCUGUUCCGUUGCAUAUGUGCUCCGAAAGUUGGUGUCGCGAGACUCCGUCUAUUGUGGUAUUAUGAGUAUUUUUGUCUGGAUGUAUAAUUUUUUUUUUUUCCCUCUAUAGAUAUAAUUUAGAAGUUGCAGCUCUUGUAGACUUUAUUUUUGAGUUUUUCUUUCCCUCUUUUCCUGUCUUACUAUGACUUGUGUUGGCUGCAUAAUGUUGCUUACCUGUACAAUUACUGGAAAAUGACUUUUCUUAAAGCAGUACCUUGCCAAAGAGCUAAGAACCUCUUUGAUGUGGGUUAAAAAAGCAUCUAUUUUUAUAAAAAGAGAAAUUUGGAGAAACUUUUUACUGGACCUGGAACAAAUAUUUUGACUUGAAUACUUUGAGAAUUAUCUUCAUAUGACACCUCGUGAGCUUUUGAACUUUGCCAGGAAGUUUGCAGCGGCUGAAAUUUUUGGAAGAGAUUUAUGACGUAAAAAGAUGAUACAUUUUGAGAUCUUUGUAUUACUAUUGUCGGCGGCGUGUUCGUCGCAAGUCGUAUAACCACGGGCGGGGUCGUCCCUGUCAGAGGCCGUUUGGAAAUGCACUCGGUUCUUCCUAACGAUUCCCUUCAGAAGAAGCUCACGGUGUUUUUGUGAUGUACUCGCUAUAUUGUUAAAGACUUGUUUUGUCUUUAUAAUAGAGAAAUAGAAAUGGUUUUACCUGCUUUGUAUAGAAAAAAUGUACCACAAGCCUACCAAAGCAGCAGCUGGAACAGAUAUGGGGGGGGAAAAAAGAAAGCAAGUCAAAAGAGGUCUUAGAAGGAUUUCUCCUGAGCUUAGAAGUAUGUAAAUAAGGUGUUUGCGUUAAACAAUACGCUUUUUCAGGUUCCAUGGAGAAGGGGCGUGGGGUUUUUCCACUUUCUUUCGUCACCGAUUUCCGCUUGUUUGUAUCGCCUGGUUUUUCGGUUUGGUUUCGCGUCGACUCGGUCGGUUCCGCGAUUGGCUUUCGUCUAACGGAUUUGUCGGUUGUUCGGUCCGUAGGUAGUCCUGCUUCUGCUGUAACAAGUAUAGCUUUCUUUUGUUUUUGUUUUACAUAUAAAUAUUAUGAAAUAUAUAAUGCGGUCAGAGAGAUGUAAAUGAUUCAGAACAAUUUGCUUACGUUUUGUAACGGACAAGUUAUCGCUUACUUUGGGAGGGGGGAACAAUGUCAUAGGAGUGCGAGGCCGUGGUGCCCUAGGUAUCGUUUUUACUUCCGCAGUCCUCCUCCUCCCCUCCCUCCUUCCCCCCCCUUCCGUUUCUUUAGUGCACAUGGGCAUACACGAUGGCCAAAGGUCCUCCGUGCCCGGCUCGUCUCCGUUCAUUCAUUGAAAUCAUAGUGUAUAACUUGGCUCACCGGAGAUGGAACAUAUCUUUAGUUUUGUAUUAAAAAGGUUGGACGUGUUUUCUUUGGUGUUUGGAUACUUUGUUUAAAAAAGAAAAAUGUUUGGUUCUCCUCUCCCCAUGUUCAGUACAUCAAUAAAUAAGUU